AGUUUCACACUGAACUUUACUGCAAACAGAUCGCUAAGUUUUGGAAAGCACAUCUUGGGGCAUUUUUUUUUCUUUAGUUGUAGGAGAAUUUUCGUGCUCUCCCGAAGAAAAAAAAAUAGAGAAAGAGAAUAAAUCCAAGAAGUUUGUUGUACCAAUCGCCGAAAAAAAAGGAAAUCCUGUAAAUCAACAAAUUCAUUAUUCAUCCCUGUACCAUUCUGGAAAGGGAUGAAUUUCUCAAGUUAUUCCUGUGAUUGCUUUCAACUUCCCUUCUCAAUCUCAUUUUUAUCAGUGACUGUGUUAUAAAAUUCUUCCAUCCAUGAAUUUCUUGGUGAAUUUAACCCAGAAAAUAAAAUUGUAAAAGCAAGAAGAAGUGUUUGAGAGAUUGAAGUGAUAAGAAUUUAAUAAUUACCCCAAAAAAAAAUAUCAGACGAAACUUUCUUCAAACCAUUUCAAACUCUGAAAUCGGAGAUUUCUGUGUGAAGAAUAAAGUGCGUCUUAUUAGGAAAAGAAUAAAUUGCAAUAGAAACAAUUUAAAUAAAAAAUGUUUAAAGUUACUAAAAAUCCUCAUCGAGUGUGUCUCAUUGCUUUUGUGGCCCUCAUCAUCCAGACAUGCAGUGCCAAUAUAGACAGAGACAUUCUCCUAACACCCAAUCGAACGGAUUCCCUCCCAUCCUACAAAAUUCAACACUAUGAUCCAAGUGAAUCUUCUCUUCAGGAUAUCAGUGGAGAAAAUGUUGUCACUCAUGCCCCAUGGGAGGAAGCUCUCAAAUUCACAGCAUACCUCGCAUUGGCCCAAAAUACAGUCAAUGCUAUUGAAAGGGGAAACAAAGACAAAUUGCCGCCAAAUAGCGACACAAAGAGGUUGCCCGGUAGCGAAACCACUGAUGACAUGGCAAUGAACGAUGCCCUAAAACGAGCACCACUCGUAGGCUAUGACACGACAAAUCUACCAAGAUUUGGUGACAUCAUCCUCCUAGCUCGUGGCCGCUUGGAAAAAUCACCAAAUGGCCAGUAUCGCUUUGUUCAGACCAUUGAUGGUCCAUUUUGCAUCGAAAACGACUGUUUGCGUCAGAUGCCACAAAAUGUGACAGCUCUCUGGUCUGUGCACAGAAUCAGGCAUCGUGAUAUAGAGAGAAAGCACCGAUAUGAACUUAGAUUCAGUAUCGUGCCACUUGGUGAGAGUGCAGAUGUCAAAAGAGACGCCAGAGCAUUCAAUCGUGACAUCAAUACACGCAACUACAUUCUCCGCGAUGAAGAGUAUCCGCAUCUCUUCAGCAGCAGCCCCAAAGGCAUUCUGUACACAACAGAUCCACCCCUUCGUCGCUAUGACCGUGUAACCCCAUCAAUCUCUCGAACAAUCUUCGAACUGAUGCCCUUCUUCCGUCGACCAGCUCAUCAGUCACCUUUUGCAUCCCUCUUUAGUCCCUUCACCUCAACCUUCAAAUCCAUGAGACCCUACGAACUCAAUGCCGGGGAGUACUUCGUCAGUGGACCAAUGGAGAAACCCAUGAAGAGCGUCUACAUCAAACGACCGGCGACGUAUUCGCCCAACUACAUCUUCACGUCACCGAAGAAUCCUGACUUCUACUUCAAGCCCUACGUUCCUGAUUUCGUCAAAUUACCCGAACGUGAUUUCCAAGCGACGGAACCUCCGAAACUCACCAUUCGUCCUCAAAUCUCCAAGCCGCAGUAUCAACCAACUCUUCAACCUCAGCAACAAGAGAACUCACCAACAACCAUCAGACCCAACCUCGUAACCUUCCCCUACAACUACGUCUACACUGACGGUCACAAAACCAAACGACCCAUCUACAAACCAUCCUACACGUCAGACAAAAACAGCCUUGUUGACUACAUGAAACAUCCCAAGCAUCCUGCUAUAAUGGACCACACAGUCGCAGCCGACUACAGCGACUACAUCAAAACAUCCGGACCCUUCACAUCAAAAUACAGCAGCGAUGGCGGAAAGUUCCACAUGCCCGAAACCACAACCUAUUCCUCCCAGCACAUCCUACAAGAUGCACUAUCCUUCCCCUCUGCAGGCUUUGCCACCUUCCCCAAUACCCCAUACGCCAUUCCCAUCCAAGUCCAACUAGUCACGCCUCCUGGUUUCCAAUACGUCCCCACAGACUACUCCACAACCCUCAGGUACAUGGCACCGGCCCUACAACUGAUGAAUCCCAAUCUACACCCAACCCGACACAACCCUCCCACAGCAGCAGCAGCAGCUGUUCCUCAAACCCCAUCAGCCCCAUCCGAACCUGAAUCCUCUCCCUCAGCCUCUUCAGGUCCCUCAGCUCCAUCAGCUCCCUCUGGCCCCUCAGGCCCAUCUGCCCCAACAGGACCCGAUAACUUCACCCCCUACGUCCCCAAAAGAUCCUCAACAACCCCCAACACAAUCAGUUCCCAUGACUACAAGAGCUUCCGAUCAAGUUCCAAAUACGAACGGAAUAGGUACUCUGAACCUGAUCCCCUAUAUCACAAUGACCGUUUUACGACCCUUAUGCCUUUCAAAAGACCCGUUGAAGUCACUACAAUUCGGCAAUCCCUUCCUGUAAGACACCAUAUCCCAUCAUCCUCAUCAACCCCGUUCCCAUCAACUUCCUCCUCAGCCCCUAUCCCAUCAACUGUUUCUCCUUCAAUCUCAUCCAUUUACAAUUCCAUUACAUCCCCAUCCUCUCUGAAUUCCUACCCAUCAACCAUUUCCAAUGCCUACUCCUCAACUCCUCGGCAGGAGAACUACGGCAGCAGUACACUGAGUGGUUUUCAACCGAUUGUUGCUGAGGAAGUUCAACAACCCGAAAGUGCAAAUACGGUCAACGAAGUGCUGCCUGAAAGGAAAAUCAGUGAAUACCUAUCUACGAGUCGUCCGGAUCUUUUCUACCAGGAUCCAGUCAGUGCUCAGCUUCCUGCACCUGAGAAAGGUAGAGACUACAAGACGACGUAUGUUGAAACAUCUCCUGAACCACAGAAAACAACUACAACACCCGUUCUCAUAACACCAACCAAAAGAACAACUGAGGAACGUCAGAGAUUCCCAAGUACUACAAAUCGUCCAACACAAACCCUUCUUCAGACUACAUCAUCCUCAUCAUCGUCAACGACUCCCAUUGGAACUUUGAAGCCACGAGGUAGUCACCGAACACGAUUGUACUUGCCGAGAACAACAGAGAAACCAGUGUUGAAGUGGAUGCCAAAGCAACGUCGUCCUAGACCAUCAUUUACCUCAUCAACUUCCUCUUCGAAUAUCAUAUCGCAGAAUACAACUCCGAGGAACAUCCAUCGGAGAAUCCAUCCUGUUCGAACAACAUCAACUAGCACUACAACAUCAACGAGCACAACAACAACACCCCUCCCUUCACCAUCUCUCGUCGAUCCAACUGCCCUGGAUGAUGUGUCGUUGUCCUCGGAAGAGACCAAACACCAGACAGAGAAUGUGAUCACCGUGACACCAAGUACGGUCAGAGACUUUGAAGAUCCCACAGUUCAGACAAAACAGAGCUUCAGUACGUCCAUUUCAUUCGAAUUGGGCGAACGAAUUCCCCAUUCACUGCCCAAUGUCAUCGUGACGGAAACUUCAGCACCCGAACUGACCAAUGAGAUUCCCCAUCCGGAGCCAGUGAUCGAGACAACAACCCAACUAAUCGAGAUGGUGAAGGCUGAUCUUCAAGAAAUUCCCACAAAUGUCACAAACAUUGCAUUGUUUGCUGCAGAGGAAGAAACUUCUUCAGUAACACCAACAUCAACCCAACAAAGUGACACAACCCUAACCCAAUUGGCACAAUCAAUUGUUGAUCAUGCAAAACGAAUCACAGCUGAAAAUGAUCUACAAACCACUACAGUUAGCGAUUAAAUAGUAUGAAUUUUUCCAUUUUAAUUUAGUUCCAUCAUUCUCUUGUCUCUGUGUCCAUUCUCCCAAAUCUUUUUUUCUUAUGCAACAUUUUGUCUACAUUUUUAUGCAUUUCCCGCCAAACGAAUUAAUUAUAAAAUGUAGAUGGUACACGCAAUGGUGGAUAUUGAUAGAAGUGAGUGUUUUUUGUUUGUUUUUUAAAUCGCAAUAAGCUUGAUAAGGUCUUGUAUUUAAAUCCCUUCGUCAAGUUAUACGCCAAAGAAAAAGAAAUCACUAAAAGCAGACUUUUUCUUUACAGUGUAAAUAGUUAAAGUUUGCCAAAACUUGACGUAGAACUUAACGAAAGAAUGAUAUUUAGUGAUUGUUGAACAAAAUUUACACUGAGAUAUUUGACAGAAAUUAAAUUUAUUUAACUCUGAAGAGUAUUGUUUUAUGCCAUUUUGCUGAAAAUGCAACUUUUCGUUGUAAGCCGAGCUUAACGAAAAGUUAGACUUAUUUGCGUUUCACAGAACUAAAUUUUCACAGUCAAUUUGGACAAUUUUGUUAUAUUAGCGCUUAGGAAUGCUUUCCAUUCUGAUCGAUUAAAACUUUUUUGACGAAACAAAAAACCUAACGAAAGAUAUAGUAAUACGAAUAUUUAACAAUAUUGCCGGUCAAAUUUGCCCAAAAAUGUUUCAUAAAUUCUACUGAUUGAAAUGUCAUUGAAGUUCAAAACUUGACGAAAGUGUAACAAUGAUGCAUUUUGUGCAUUCCGUGAAUAUAGCUUUUCGCUGUAAGCAAAACUUAACGAAAAGUUGGAUUUAUUUGUGUUUCCUACCACAGAACUAAAUUUUCACAGUCAAUUUGGACAAUCUUGUUAGCGCUUCAGAAAGCUUUCCAUUCCGAUCAAUUAAAACUUUUUUGACGGAAAUAAAAACUUAACGGAAAAUAUAGUAAUACGAAUAUUUAACAAUAUCAACGGUCGAACUUCAUUUAAAACUUCAUUUUCAAUUUCAAUUUUUAUUUGACAGAAGGAGGUAGGUAUAUUUUAUUUCAAUUUAAAAGGGUAAAAGAUAAAAUUUCAAUCGAUUGAAUUUCUUCAAUUGCAAAGGUGUGCUACCGUUAUUACAAAGUAAAUCUAGGCCUUACGUAUUGAGUAAAACUUAACGAAAAUUUUAAAUUUUGUGAAAAUAAAAAUACUACAUCUCUUUUAAAUUUAGAUUUUUUUUAAAUAGUAAAGAAACAGUAAAUCCACCACUAGAAUUUUCAUUCUUACUCGUUAACAUACAGUUUGUGAAACUGGAAACUUAACGAAAAGUAAUAAUAUUGAUACAAUUAUUGAACGGAAUGUUUCAAAAAUAAAAUUUUGCAGUUUUCCACAUUAAUUGCAGUGUUUUUCACAAAUUAAUUCUGGACUUUUCUUAUUGGAUAAAUUUCACGAAAAAUAAAAAUUAUUGAAAAUGAAAACUUAACGAAAUGUAAUAUUGAUAAUACGAUUAUUGGAUAAGUAUGAAAAACAGUAAUUGUGCAGUUUAUUUCUUUGCAUACUAUUUAUGCUGUUUUUUUUUUACCAAAUCAGAGCUUUUCCAAUUGGGAAAACUUACCGAAGAGUUCAAAUUUUGCGGAAAUAAAACUAUUACAUAUUUUUUAAUUUGUUUUGAAGAAUAGCAAAGAAACAGUAAAUUCAGCAUUAGAAUUUCAAUUUUUACUCAUAAAAAAUGUAGUUUUUACAACUGAAAACUUAACGAAAGGUCAUUUACUGUGAUUAUUGGAUGAAAUAAAAAAGAAUAAAUUAUGCAGUUUAUUUGUUUGCAUACGGUUUCUGUUGUUUCUCACAAAGUAGAUCAUAGCUUUCUGUAUUUAGAAAACUUAACGAAAAGCUUACAUUUUGUGAGAAUAUUAAUACUACAACCAUUUUCUUUAUUGAAUUCUUAAAGAAAAUUAAGAAAAAAGGCUUCAAUAGAAUUUCAAUUCUUACUCCUGAAAAUGCAUUUUUUGAAACUUAAAACUUAACGAAGCUAAGUAAAUCAAAGCUUUUGGUAAUGGAAAAACUUAACGAAAAGCUUAAAAUUUGUAAAAAUAAAUAUAAUACAACCAUUUUUUAUUGAAUUCUUAAAGAAAAUUAAGAAAAAAGACAUCUUCAUUAGAAUUUCAAUUCUUACUCAGAAAAAUUUAUUUUUUUAAACUGAAAAUUUAACGAAAGGUAACAUUAAUUAUACGAUUAUUGAAAAAGUACGAAAAACAGUAAAUCUGCAGUUUAUUUCUUGCAUACUAUUUCCGCUGUAUCUUGCAAAGUACAUCAGGGCUUUCCGCAUUUAGAGAACUUAACGGAAAGCUUAGAUUUUGUGAAAAUAAAAAUACAGCAAUUUUUAAUUCAAUUCUUGAAGAAAGUAAAAAAAAAAAAACAAACAAGAAAUCUGUAGUAGAAUUUCAAUUUUUACUUAUGAAAAUACAGUUUUUGAAACUGCAAACUUAACAAAAGGCUAUUACUACGAUUAUUGCAUCAAGUAAAAAAAAAAGAUUAAUUAUGCAGUUUAUUCUUUUGCAUACUAUUAUUAUUUGUACUGUUUCUCACAAAUUAAUUCUAGGUUUUUCCGUAUUGGAUAAACUUCACGAAAAAUCAAGAUUAACUUAACGAAAUGUAAUAUUGAUAAUACGAUUAUUGGACAAGUAAGAAAGACAUUCUGCAGUUUAUUUCUUUGCAUACCAUUUCUGCUGUAUCUUACAAAGUACAUCAGGGCUUUCCGUAUUUAGAAAACUUAACGAAGAGCUUAGAUUUUGUGAAAAAAAAUACAGCAAUUUUUCAUUGAAUUCUUGAAGAAAGUAAAAAAAACAAGAAAACUUAACGAAAGGCUAUUACAACGAUUAUUGAAUCAAGUAAAAAAAAGAUUAAUUAUGCAAUUUAUAUCUUUGCAUACUAUUUCUGCUGUAUCUGACAAAGUACAUCAGGGCUUUCCGUAUUUAGAAAACUUAACGAAAAGCUUAGAUUUUGUGAAAAUAACAAUACUACAGCAUUUUUUAUUGAAUUCUUCAAGGAAGUAAAAAACAAACAAGAAAUCCGCAGUAGAAUUCCGAUUCUUUCUCACGAAAAUGCUGUUUUUGAAACUGAAAACUUAACGAAAGAUUAUUACUACGAUUUUUGGAUUAAGUAAAAAAAAGAUUAAUUAUGCAGUUUAUUUCUUUGCAUAGUAUUAUAAUUUGUAUAUUAUUUGUACUGUUUCUCACAAAUUAAUUCUAGGUUUUUCGUAUUGGAUAAACUUCACGAAAAAUCAAGAUUAACUUAACGAAAUGUAAUAUUGAUAAUAAGAUUAUUGGACAAGUAAGAAAAAAAUACUGCAGUUUAUUUCUUUAUAUAUUAUUUCUGCUGUUUCUUACAAAGUACAUCAGUGUUUUCGUAUUUAGAAAACUUAACGAAAAGCUUAGAUUUUGUGAAAAUAAAAAUUCAGCAAUUUUUCAUUCAAUUCUUGGAGAAAGUAAAAAACAAACAAGAAAUCUGCAGUAGAAUUUCGAUUCUUACUCAUGAAAAUGCAAUUUUUGAAACUGAAAACUUAACGAAAAGUAAUAAUAAAAAUUUUUCAGCAAAAUUCCAUACAUUACACCAACGUUUCGUAAAUGAAAGCAGUUCUGCAAUUUUCCAUAUUAUUUAUACCAAUUUUACAUAAAAAAUCACCACUUUUCGAACAGGGAAACUUAACGAAAAGUCCAAAAAUUGUGAAUACUAUUCAACAAUCCUUUUCCACUGAAAAAAAAUGGCAUAAAAUCAUCAAAAUCUUUUCAUUUCUGAUCGUUAUCACAGGAUUGAUAAUCCCGUUAAACUUAACGAAAGUACAUCCAUCAAACUAGGGACAAUUUUCCAAUCAAGAAAAUGCUCAUUUCCUUCAAAAUCGACCUUUGCUGAACUUAACGAAAGUUGUGGAAAUUAUUUUUCUCCUAUCGACCAAAGAUUUUUGUAGCGCGAUAAUUUAUGUCAAAUGGAGGUUGUUUAUAUUUUUGUUACUGAACGAAAAAAAAAAGAUUGUAAAGGUGAAGAAACCCCAAGAUGAAAUAAAGAAAGAGUGUAAAAUA